UUGAAACAUCCCCAUCUUUGCUUUCAUACAUCUAAACCAUAACAUUCUCUCUCACAAAAACAAAAACACAUCGAGUUCUUCUUCUCGGUUCUCAAUUUCCGCCAUAAAAUGGUGACCGGCGACGUAAAGCUGAUUGGCUCAUGGGCUAGUGUUUUCGUCAUGAGGGCCAGAAUCGCUCUCAACCUCAAAUCUAUUAGCUACGAGUUUCUCCAGGAGACAUACGGUACUAAGAGCGAGUUGCUCCUUAAAUCUAAUCCCGUUCACAAGAAGAUCCCGGUUCUGAUUCACGAUGACAAACCCGUGUGUGAGUCCAACAUCAUCGUUCAGUACAUCGACGAGGCUUGGAGCUCAUAUGGACUGUCUAUUCUCCCUUCCCAGCCCUACGACAGAGCCAUCGCUCGGUUCUGGGCCGCCUACGUCGACGAUAAGUGGUUUAUUGCUCUGAGAAGUAUCCUAACCGCUCGAGGAGAAGAGGAGAAGAAAGCAGCCAUAGCUGAAGUCGAAGAAAGGACUGACCAUUUAGAGAAAGCCUUCAUCGAGUGCAGCAAUGGGAAACCGUUCUUCAACGGUGACCAUAUCGGUUACCUAGACAUUGCCCUAGGGAGCUUCUUGGGUUGGUGGAAAGUUGUGGAGUUAGACGCCAAUCAUAUACUUCUUGACGAGACCAAGACUCCCUCUCUGUUCCAGUGGGCAGAGCGGUUCUGUAAUGACCCUGAUGUGAAGCCUCUCAUGCCGGAGACUACAAAGCUAGCUGAAUUUGCAAGGAAACUCUUUCCCAAGCCGCAGGCUUGAUGGCAAAGUAUAUUGACUCCUUUUAAAUAUAUUGUUGGAGAUAGAAACAAUAUAAUAUAUCGGUUAGUGGAAAUAUGAAACUGGUUUACUAGAACGUAUAAGUUAUGUUCCAUUUCAUUGCAUCCAAGACCUAAUAUCAAGCAAAUUUUUUGUAAA